AUGGCUAUGGUUUGCACUUUCGAGAAGUUUGAGGUUCUUGGUCCGUCUUGUGCCAUUGUUGCUGUGGCUGGUGAUGACAUUCUACCCUGUUACGUCAAACCCAACAUCAGUGCUGAGGACAUGAGAGUUGACUGGUUCAGAAUCAACCUCCCUGACCCUCAGUCAAACAUUAGAGUCCAUUUUUACCAAGACGGCAGAGACAAAUACCAUGAUCAGAUCCACUCCUACGAGGGAAGGACAUCGUUGUUUAAAACCUCUUAUGUGUUUCUGUCCACGGUGGAUGUGACUCUAGAUCCUGAUACAGCACAUCCCAAUCUCAUCCUGUCUGAAGAUGGGAAACAAGUUAUAUUUGGAGAUGUAUGGCAGGAUCUCCCUUACAACCCAGAAAGGUUUGAUACUUGUGUCAGUGUCCUGGGAAAGGAGGGUUUCUCCUCAGGGAGAUUCUACUAUGAUGUUCAGGUGAAGGGGAAGACAAGGUGGACUAUAGGAGUGGCCAGAGAGUCCAUCAACAGGAAAGGGAAGAUUACAGUGAGCCCUGAAAAUGGAUACCGGACACUUUGGCUUAGAAAUGGAGAGUACAAGGCUCUCUCUGGCCUCUCUGUCCCACUCUCCCUGAGAGAGAAGCCCAAGAAGGUGGGGGUGUUUGUGGAUUAUGAGGAGGGCCAUGUCUCCUUCUAUAAUGUGGAGGCCAGGUCUCAUAUCUACUCUUUCACUGGCUACACCUUUACUGAGAAACUUUAUCCAUAUUUUGGCCCCUGUCUUAUUGACGGAGGUAAAAACUCAGCCCCACUGAUCAUCACUCCUGUAGAUAUCACUGACUUUCAUAUCAAACAUUGA